AAGGGCCAACCAUAGUAGCAUGUGUUAGCCGUUUAUGCGGAUGAAGGAAGUCAAACAGGAUGUUUGAACAAAGUGGUCGCACUCUUCAAAUUCUCAUGAUCACUGUUCGGCUUUAUCAAGUACAUGUAGUCACCCAACGUGGAUGUCAAAACAUCGCAGUCGCAAGACCCGGGUCGUAAGAAAGUAAGUUGGUACAUAUUGCAAACGGGUUUUAGAAGUUGAGAUUUUGUUGUGUUUAUAGGAACCGUUACCAUUGCCUCUUUGGAAUAAAGCAUAGUUGGUUCAGCGAGGGGUAUGCGCCAUGUAUCAUCACUGGUUCAAUGGGGUUCUUCUGAUUGGGGUCUUCUUUACUCUUCCAAUCUCCUUGGAUGGCAGUGCAAUCUGUGACGAGAGAAGAAGCGAGCUUAGGAUAGUUAGUAGACGGGUAACAAGGACCCUUCAAGUCGCUACAUACUACAGAUGCUGGUUUUUCUUGAAAUGCACCACCUAUAGAAGUAUCACAGGCUACACGGCGCAAUAUCAAACUGUAACGAGGUACUUCACCACAAAUGUAUGCUGUGAUGGUUAUGAAGGGGACGCAACGCAGAAUCUCUGCCUUCCAAUUGCAGGACCAGAUGAAAGCCUGUCUACGACAACAGAAAGUCAAUCUCUCAACCAAACAUCAGAGAGCGGUCAACCCGACGCUGUUCCAGAUCGAAAUGAAACGACGCUCGUAGGAUCACCAAGAACUACACCCUUGACAUCCAGUAGCAGCAACUUUCCCUUCUCAACGACAGAGCCCAGUAACAGUACAGCUAGAGCAGAUGGCUUAGGUAUGAUGUCUUCAAAGGCCCGACGACAGGCACUCAUCAUGAUAAGCCUUAUUGUUUUCUCCAUCGCCGUGGUCGUAUUUUCAGUCAUAAUGGGAUGCGUGGUGUACCGACGACGGAGACUUCGCAGAGUGCAGAGGAAGGUUGAUAGUUUGCACAUGGAACCGCUACGUGAUUUGCAACCUUUGUCAGAAACAACUUCCAACAUUCAGCACUUUUCUCCACCCUCCGCACCAAACGAUGAAUACGCAAUCCCUGAUAAGGCAUCCAAGGUAACAACACUGCAUAAAGAAGCCUCACAAACCUAUGAAAACACCUGCAUUGACGGAAGAUCACUUGCCGAUGCAAAAGAUCAGGCAAAAAGUGAUGGAAAUCACCCGACACAAACUUACAUGGAUGCAGUUGCGAAUAUAGAGAAAAAGAAAUAUAAGUCCAUCUUUUUUCACAUCUUUUCCAUGCCUAAAGCUUCCAACAUUCAACACUUUUCUCCACCCUCCGCACCAAACGAUGAGUACGCAAUCCCAGAUAAGGCAUCCAAGGUAAGAGCACCACCUAAUGAGGCCUCACAAAGCUAUGAAAACACCUGCAUUGACGGAAGACCACUUGCUGAUGCCAAAGAUCAGGCAAAAAGUGAGGAAAAUCGCCUGACACAUACUUACAUGGAUGGAUUCGUUUGUGCAGAGACCAAAAAGGACAAUGUUUCUAAUACCAAGGAAUCAAUCCCUGACAAUAAUUACAACGAAGUCGAUGAGAUGCCAAGCAGUACAGCUAACCUGGAACAGUGUUACACAGAAGUUGAUGAUCGGCCAUCAAGCUCGGUCGUCACCGACGUUGACAUGCAAGACCACAAGUAUUACUACACUAAAUUUGACACCUCGUCACCCAGCACUACUGAGUGUUAUGCAGAGGUUUAUGAGAUGCAACCUAGCUCUGUUGAUGUAGAGGGCACUGUUCGAGAUGAGUACGAAGCAGUGGGAGAUCAACAACUAACAUACGAUCACAUUGAUCGAAGUUCUACCACAGGUAACUCGGAACCUGUGAAACCUCCGAAAGAAGGUUGCAGUAAUGCAGGCGGAAAAUAUGGUGUUCUCGUACAGUCAAGCUCCGUGGAGUCACAAGAAAGUUACGACGUAUUCCAACGGAGUGUUUCACAGACAGAUAAAUCUGGUGUCGAUGGUUAUGAGCCACUUCUUGCUGUUCCAUCGCAGGGUUCAGCGACAGAACAGUCAGUAGGUGACGAGGCAUACGACGAUCUUGACAGAAUGAUGCCAAAAACACGAAAAAAGGGGAAAAACCUUCUCGAAAAACUGCGUCAGGGCACUAACACGACAGCAUAUGGACAUCUGGGGUCAAGCUUUGAGAGCGAUACCAGUGAGACCAACAACUCUGUCAUGGAGCCCAUAUAUUCUAAUCAAGACGCUGAACUUGCCGGAGACCGGGAAUCGACGUACACAGAUAUGUCAGGCAGCCGUCCCAAUUCUUUACUUCAGCGUGGUCUAAGCUUGAGUAGCGAGAAAAAUGAGUUAGUAACGUAUACUGAAAUGUCACCUACCCAUUUUUCGAACAACUAUUACAACGUCGAUCUUGAAAACAUUCAAGAAAGCAUAGAUUGAAAGGACAUAGAACUCACACAGGAUUAGGACUGCAGUACAAACUCAAACAGGAACAUGUCGAUCCGACCCUUGUGCCAGACGUGAAUUAAAUGUGUUUGCAUUGCGAUUUCGGGAAUAAUAUAAUCGAUCUACAGUACUUUACAUAAUUUCCUCCAUGCAUUUCUCGAAAUUCUGAAUAGUCAAGGAACGUUAUCAACCCCCUCCGAACCUUCUUGUGUGCUAAUACACCGAAACAAAUCCGGUACGAUAAAAUUGAUUUGUAUUGAAUAUAAUUAUAUAUCUAUAUACAUAGUGUACACACCAUUAGUAAGGACCUUAAAUUUGAAAAUUUGAUUCAUUUGAUUUUCCAAGAUGCUUAAAUCAAUGCGAUUGCCAUGUAUUACGGAAAUCGGAUCUCUUAAUAAAACGAGGUAAAGAAUAUAAUUUAUUUGAUAAUAUAAAGGAAGUUCCUUCUAAUAAAAGGACUUUUUUUCAUUCACUACCUUUACUCGUACACUAGCCUAUUCAGGAAUGAUAUUGUAUGUACUGUUAUAUGUACAUUUAUCUCCGACCUAUAUCUAGGGGAAAAUAUCAAACGACGAAAUUUCUGCAUGUUUAAACUAUCAAGGGAGCAGUUUAGAUAUGAAUCCCAAUUUCAAUAUAGAUUUUGUUUUCAAGAAGAUGUAGAUAUAUAAAAGUAUACCUAGAAAACACUUUUACUCCCAUGACUUUAUUUUCGGCGAAAAGAAAAUUGUAUUUUGGUUUAUUUCUGGAUCGUAAGAAUGAUACAAAAGGCGAUCACCUCUUAAAUUUCGAAACUUGAAGUUUGUUUCUUAUCAUUUGAUCUCAUUUAAUUGUUGUAAUCUAACGCUUGGAUGAAAAUUCCUAGAUCUGUAGAUAUCUAUAACCAAAAUCCGUUUUAAUAUCUUUACGAUUGUUAUUUUUAUAUAUUCGCUGGACAUAUACGCCGUUUAAUAUAUUCAUUUUAUAUUUGACUAAGUAUAACUAUUUCACAUAAAAUUGGCAUAAAUAAAUUGAUGUGUAGUAUGAAAUAAUAUAAUUAUUAGCAUGUAACAUGAAAUAAAGUGAA